AUGAUUUCACCGGGCGAUAGACAGAUUCAGGAAUUUCUCGUGAUGUUAUCUCACAUUUUUGCCGGAAAUAUUCCGAUUUUUGGUGUAUGGGGGAAAUUUGAUUACGCAGGUGACAUCGUACAUGACAAA